AUGGUUGAUCGAGAAGGAGUUCUUUACUCCGGAAAAUGGGAGGAAGAGGAUGACGAGGACAUACUCAAGCUGCUCGAUCAGCAGCGCCAGAGCCUGAUGGCCAAAAAUGAAAGUGCGAUCAGUUCUCUUCUGAACGAGGGAUACCCUGACAUUUACGGAGGCGGAGCGAGCGUUGAUCAUAAUGGUGUUUCGUCUGUUGCAACUGCAGAUUUCGGCGUCAAUACAGAAUCACAACAAGGCGGCAAGGAUCAAGAGCGGGCGUUCGCGCAAAGGUUUCGGGAUCUCAUUGGGAAUGUGCACGCAAAGCCAACGACGAGCUCGGCCGGCAGAGAAGAUGGAACUGCUUCGCCACCGGAGAAAAAGGCUUACGACGCAACGCCGUAUUUUGACUUCGAAUCAAAAGGGUGGGUCACUACCGGCUCGCCCGCUGCUCCAUCGGGAGGUGGCGGUGGAGCGACGAGCAGCACCAGCGCUGCGUCGUCGGAUGUCGACAGGGCUCCUUCGUCCACAGCUUCGGGAACGAGCAGUAGUCGCCCGAGCAAAACCAAAAACAUCGUCACGAGUAGAAUGCCCGGAAUCCCGCCAUUACCUGGCGGCGCGGCCGGCGCCAAAAGGGUUGGAGCUGCAGGAGCUUUCAACACAGCACAAUCGCAACCGAUGCGACCCCCACUUCCCAAGAUCCAGCCACUGCAUCACCGCGUGUCCCCGCGCACUGCCGCGCUUUCGUCCAGUCGCAGUGCUUCGUCGGUCGAGCAAGAUGCCAGUGCGGCCGCGGCAGCAUCUCAAUCUGGUGACGAUGGUCUGACGGACGAGGACCGUGCAAACCUAGCGGAACUACGCGACAUCGCGUCGGGGAAGCAGCAGCUCCCCGAACCAGCGUUUUACGCAAUUGACAAGCGAAUGCCGCACUAUCGCGAGCCGGUGACGCUGGAGCAAGCCAUGAAGUUGGUCGCGGAGGACGACCCGACGUUAGACUCGCUGAAGGACCCUGCAGCAGACAAGAGACGGCUAUUUUUUCGUGGAGCCAGCUGCCUCAGCCAGGCGGAGGAAGCCCUUUUGUUCGACAUCUUGCCUCAGAGCUGCUUUGAAGGCCAGAAGCUCGGCGGACGACAAGUAGCGGCCGAUGCUGUGAAGGAGAUGCGACUCAAACGCGUAGAUUCGAAAACCAGCGCAGCUGUUCCUGCUGGUUCUCCUUCGCAACAACAAGAAUUCUCGGGCGAUUCCGAACCUUCUUCCGCGCAACAGAUGCAAACCAGCUCCAUGAGCUUUCGCCAAACACAGCGCGGCUUCACAGCUUCGGCAGGGCAGGCACAGUCAAGCAGCUCCGCGUCCUCGUCGCGAGCGAAAGACAAGUUUCUGCGCUGCCUGCGGUCAUUUCCGAAGACAGAGGGACUACGCGCCGUGGCGAAGGCGUUGCGACGUGUGAUCCAGGCCCCUGGGGUGACGAAGUAUCGGAGAAUCCACGUGGAUAAGCUUUGCGAUGCAGUGUUCCACCAAGUGGAUGGGACGACCAAGUCGGGGGUUAACUCCUCAUCCGCCGAGAGGCAUGGACAGACCGACCCGAAAGAGCUUUUGAUCCGACUGUUGGAGAGUGUCGGGUGGAAAUGCGAAGCGGAGCGAUUGGUGUUCGUCGGCGACACCUGCAUCGCGGACUUACGCAUGGCCGUGCAGUACAUCGAAGUAUUGCUCGACGGGCACCACGAUCCGGCAACUGUGAGAGCAACGUCCUCGACUGACACCAUGCUAGAACAAGCGGCUAACCGUCUGCUCGCGGUAUUGCAGAAAUCCUUGGGAGAAGUUGUACUAGAUGACAGCAGUCGCAAACGCGUUGUUUCACAUCUAGCAAAAGCAGACGGCUCGCAACUUGUCAGUUGUGGUCUGUCCGUCGCGGAGCGUCGGGCAGUGCAGCAAUGGGCCGGGGGAAAGUGGCCGGCCGCUGCCGUGAUGCUUGCCGUCGGCCAACCGUUGUUCCCCACGGGGGUGGCUCCUCCGACAGGAUCAGGAAACAUUCAUCUGGCCGAACAUGAGCUGCAAGCGUUAUUGCAGACCGUCGAAUUUCAGCAGUGUCUUCAGCGAGCGUCUGCAGGUCUUGCUGUCGGGGACAGCAGCUCAACAGAGUCAGCUUCUUACACAGCAAGUCUGAACAAAUUUUUUGUUGAUCAGCUCUGCGCUACCUCGCGCGGGCCGUCGUCGGACGAAGAACAAACGAAAACCACUGCUGGGCCGCCGGUUCAGCUGCGCGGACCGAAGGAAAGCUGUCUUCGCAAGCAGCUGCGCGUUCGUUGGGAGUUGCUGCGCAUCGCCUUAGGUGGAGCAACGCAUGUUAUUGCGCCACUUCCGGAAGAGAUCCUGUUCGAAACAAGUUCCGGAGUGACGGCGCGCCGACCCACAGAUCAAUCAGAGCUUUCCGACUGGGCCGAAGCGCUACUUUCCCGCGCCGCGAGAACCAUGGCUGCUAUGGUGGGCGUCAUGCAAGACGAGGCUGCCGAAAACGCGUCGGAAUUCGGUGAAGACGCGGCGCCUCGGAACGGCUCCGGCGGCGGAUCAGGCGCAGCUGGCCCAACGCACACAACUGCCGAUAGCGAACUGCCAGACGACGAGCAGAUUGGAUUCGAACUCGACCAAGCGCUCCGGAUCCUCGGCCUCGAUGCGGUGCCGGAAUCCACGAAGGCGUUGAAGUCCGUGUACCACAACCGCUGCUUGGAGUGCCAUCCGGACAAAGGCGGCUCCAAGGAGGCUUUUCAGCGCCUUCACGAAGCCUACACCACGAUCAAAGAGGCUAUGGAUCCUACCAAAGCUGAAGAAGGCGCGAAAAGUAAAGCGGACGAUGGAGACGUCGCAAACAAUGCCGACGAGAGCGAGCAAACGGCUCCUGCCAUUCCAGCCACUGACCAAGAGAAGCUUUCAGAGCUCGCGGCCUUGGUGCAUGCGGUAUCGCGGUCGGUAGUUGUGGGGACGCACUUGCGGCACGCGACGCAGUUGACCGACGUACUGCUGGAGACCGCAAAGGAGUUUGUUAUCGUCCUCCGCUCUGUCAGCAGUAGCAUUCUCGACAAGACUACCGCGAUUCACCACAAGUUGGUUGCGCAAGAGUGCGGGUUCGAAGCCGUGGCGAGCUACCGGGCGGCGGACCUCGUGGAGCGAAUGAUUGGUCAGGUCGCCGCGACGAAGGCGGAAGCCGAAAGUUUUCACGAGCAGGAGUCCGAAAAAGCCUUCGCAGGUAGGCAGUCCGCCACACAGCAAUUGUCCGCCGAGCUGGCCGGGGAGGUGAGGCACUUGCUUACCAGUAGCGUUGGACGGCUGCAAAAUUGCGUCGAGCAUGCCCACGAGCGUUGUCGGCGGGCCGCCGUGUUUCUCUACAAAGUCGGCGAUGCCAUGCUGUCACCGACAGAUGACAUGGGUGACGAGGUUGCGCCAAAUCCAUCAGGAGCAGCAGCUGCUCCGACGAAUCCAAAAGUGAAGCUCCUGCGCGCGUAUGUCGAAAGGUUUUCUGAGGCGCAGUGGCGUCGAGCGGAAUCCGCGGAGUUUCAGCGACUGCUGCGGAUCCCUACCGCGACUGCGAUGCGAGUGAAAAAAGUGAGGCCAGAGCAAGCGAGCGUGGUUCGCGAGGAGCUUUUCCGUUUCUUGCGCGAGGUACUUCAGGACGACCCGACUUUUGUGUCCUCGGUCCUACAGCCGGGAUUGCGUUACGAUUUCGGCCAGCGUCGUGCAUUGCUAGUCUACCUGCUCCAGUGUGACUUUGAACGAGUUACCGCACUGCUUUCUUCACACGGAAUUUCUGUUCCCAAUGAGACUGCUUAAAGGCAUUCGGAUUUGCACCAACUACGACGUACGUCGUACAAAAAUAUCGUACUCAAUCGUGUAGAAUUUUUUUUAUUGAGUUUGAUAUGGAUGCCGAAACCCGAAACCGGUUUUUCUCGACAAUUAAUGAUUUCGGGCCCGCGUGUCGUGGCCAGUUUCAAUGUCGGAUUUAUGUUUGAGGAACCGCUCACCAAGGUUGGUUCCAAAUUUGCCAGGAUGGGCAAAAUAAGAAACACAGCCGAACGAAUUUCAUUAUCAC